GCUGGUGAGGGCACUGGGAAGUGGCAGGUGCCUGUUUACCACAGGGCAGGAGGGGGCGCGGGGAGCAAGGGAACGGGCAGAGCAGGACAGCACCUCUGUGCCCUGUGCCCCAGGCUCCUACUGGCUGGCUGGAGACGCCCUGUGGCCAGAGCCCCCUUCCCAGCUCUCGCUAGCUCCCCACCACCGGCUCCCCCCCAAGCUCUUUCAGCACAGGACCUGCCAGGGGAGCCCCGGGCUCUGGUGUUGAAGCAGGAGCUUACAUCACAAUGUCUGCCAGGUGCCCUGCUCAUGUCAUCACCACCCGCCAGCCACCGGCCCAGCAGUGGAGGCCAGAGGGGGGCGCAUGGCCAGCUCCCAGCCCACCUAAGCCCCUGAACGCCCUUUCCCCAUGGCGUCGCUGCCAGGCGCAAGCCCCUUUUCUCCGGGGAUGGCCGUGAUCAGCUGCUACGAGCGGCUGAGAAUGGAGAUCCAGGCGCUGAUCACGGAGAACAAGGAGCUCAGGAAGCUGGUGGACUUGAUGAAAGAGAACCAGGACCUGAAAAACGUCCUGCGGAACCAGUCGCUGGGCGGCGAGAUGUCGCUGUCCACGCUCGCCUCCACGAGGUCCAGUGAGAGAGAACAAAGCGGUAUCCUCGGCCCAGGUCAGGCAGCGCUCGGCGACAGUGCCGUGGCGGGAGGCCCCGCAGCCGGGUCCCCGCUCUUCCGCCAGAGCACCUCCAUGCUGUGGGACGACUCCAUCGAGGAGGGGCCGCUCUCCAGCAACCUGUUCGGCUCGGGCUCCAAAACACCCUCCCGGGCCAGCAAGACAUCCCUGUCAAAGCACUCCAGCCAGACCUCCGAGGGCCAGGUCUCUGAGGCCAGGGCCCGAACCCCCGAGUCCUCCUACCGGAGCUCCACCGACUCCAGCAAAAAGUACAUGCACACCCGGCUGCCCUCCAGCGUCAACUUCAAAGCCUCCACAGACAGCGUCCCCCACAGCGCCUCGCCAUGGGACACCACCCUCAACGACACCGUCUUCAGCGACGACAUGCCCUUGCUCCCGCAGAGUGCCAUCUCCCCCGCCAGCAGGGCCGCCCCCGUCAGCUUCCAGAUGCCCCCGACCCCACAGGACCCCCAGCGCCCACCAGACGUCAGGCCCAAGGAGAUGACGCGCAAGGUCUUCCGAGCCACCGAUAGGCCCCAGACACAAGGGGCCACUUCCAAGCCCAACCUGGUCAAAGAUCACAACCAGCUGACCUGGGAGCGCAUCGUGGGGGAAAUCGCCUUUCAGCUGGAUCGCAGGAUCCUCUCCAGCAUCUUCCCCGAGCGUGUGCGGCUCUACGGCUUCACCGUCAACAACAUCCCCGAGAAGAUCAUCCAGGCUUCCACCAACACCCUCUCCAACCAGGUGGACGAGCAGCAGUGCACAGCGAUGACGCGGCGCUACCUGGAAAUCAUGAACCGCCUGAAGGCGGCGGGGUACAACCCAUGCAUGCACCCCAGCUUCACCGAGUACAUCGUGAACACCUACGGCAUUCUGCGGGAGCGGCCAGAGCUGGCCGCCUCUGAGAGCGGCUCCUACAACAACGUGGACUUCCUGCGCAAGGUGGUGAUGGAGACGGUGCCCGACGCCGUCCGGGACAGCGCCCUCAUCCUGCUCGAGUGCCUCGCCCAGCUGGCCAAGGACGACGGCAAGCCCAUGUUCAUCUGGUGAGCCGAGGCCGCCUGCCCGCGCGCCGCAGCGAGCCCAUUAAACAGUCAGCAAAAGA